AUGGCUACCUUGCCUGCGGAGCCGAACGCGGGGCCGGCGGUCGGGGGGGAGGCGGCGGCGGCGGCCACCGAAGAGGAGGAGGAGGAAGCGCGCCAGCUCCUGCAGACUCUGCAGGCGGCGGAGGGGGAGGCAGCGGCGGCAGCCGGGGCCGGAGCGGCCGAGGCGGCGGCGGGAGCAGAGGGCCCGGGAUCCCCAGGCGUCCCCGGGUCGCCCUCCGAGGCCGCUGCCGAGCCGUCCGCGGGCCUCCGUUUCUCGCCUGAGCAGGUGGCGUGCGUGUGCGAGGCGCUGCUCCAGGCGGGUCACGCCGGCCGUUUGAGUCGCUUCCUGGGCGCGCUGCCCCCGGCUGAGCGCCUACGUGGCAGCGACCCGGUGCUGCGCGCGCGGGCCCUGGUGGCCUUCCAGCGGGGAGAAUAUGCUGAGCUCUACCGGCUGCUCGAGAGCCGCCCCUUCCCCGCCGCCCACCACGCCUUCCUGCAGGACCUCUACCUGCGCGCGCGCUACCACGAGGCUGAACGGGCCCGAGGGCGCGCUCUGGGUGCCGUGGACAAGUACCGACUGCGCAAGAAGUUUCCGCUGCCCAAGACCAUCUGGGACGGCGAGGAGACAGUGUACUGCUUCAAAGAGCGCUCCCGCGCUGCACUCAAGGCCUGCUAUCGCGGCAAUCGCUACCCCACGCCAGAUGAGAAACGUCGCCUGGCCACUCUCACCGGCCUUUCGCUCACGCAGGUCAGCAACUGGUUCAAGAAUCGGCGACAGCGCGACCGGACUGGGGUCGGCGGCGGCGCGACCUGCAAAAGCGAAUCUGAUGGAAACCCCACCACCGAGGAUGAAUCCAGCCGGAGUCCCGAGAACCUGGAGAGGGGGGUAACCCCAGUGGUUACUGAGGCUCCGACCCAGGGCUCCAUCUUCCUGACUGGGGCCCCCGCUCCAGCACCCUGCCCUGCCUCCUCCUCCAUCUUGGUGAAUGGGAGCUUCCUGGCCACUGGCAGCUCCCCAGCAGUGCUGCUCAACGGGAGCCCCGUCAUCAUCAACAGCCUGGCCCUGGGGGAGGCCUCCAGCCUGGGCCCCCUGCUGCUCACAGGGGGUGGGGGCGCCCCUCCACCACAGCCCAGUCCUCAGGGGGCUAGUGAGGCCAAGACCUCGCUGAUCCUGGACCCCCAAACUGGAGAGGUUCGGCUGGAGGAGGCUCAGCCAGAGGCUCCAGAGAUCAAGGGAGCCCAGGUACCUGGACCGGGGCUGACUGGAGAGGAAGUCCCAGGACCCCUGCCCCAGGUGGUACCCGGCCCUGCCCCAGCUGCCACCUUCCCCCUGCCACCAGGCCAGGUACCUACGGUAGCUGCUCCACAGGUGGUGCCACUCUCCCCGACGCCUGGGUACCCUGUAGGCUUGGGCCCCACCUCCCCACUCCUGAACCUGCCUCAAGUAGUGCCCACCUCUCAGGUGGUGACCCUACCUCAGGCUGUGGGGCCACUGCAGCUGUUGGCAGCAGGGCCAGGCAGCCCCGUGAAGGUGGCAGCCACUGCAGGUCCUGCCAACAUGCACCUAAUAAACUCCGGGGUGGGCGUGACCACCUUGCAGCUGCCUUCAGCCACUGCCCCAGGGAACUUCCUCCUGGCCAACCCUGUGUCUGGUAGCCCCAUCGUGACGGGAGUGGCUGUACAGCAGGGCAAGAUUAUCCUCACGGCUACCUUUCCCACCAGCAUGCUGGUCUCCCAGGUCCUGCCACCUGCCCCCAGCCUGGCCCUGCCCCUGAAGCCAGACACAGCCCUCUCAGUUCCCGAAGGAGCCCUCCCGGUGGCUCCCAGCCCUGCUCUCCCAGAGGCUCACACCCUAGGCACAUUGUCUGUGCUGCCGCCACCCCCUCCUCCCCCCACUGUCACCACCGCAGGCCUCCCCUUUUCCUCAGACUCCUCUGGCCUCCUGCCCAGCUUCCCAGCACCCCCUCCGCCAUCGGAGGGGCUGAUGUUGUCACCCACUGCAGCCGUGCCCGUGUGGCCAACGGGGCUGGAACUGAGCACAGGAAACGAGGCGUUGCUUGAAGUGGACAAGGGGCUGACCACACAGGCACCCCAUACCACUGUGCUGAGGCUGCCGGACCCUGACCCCGAGGGGCUGCUGCUGGGGGCCACAGCUGGCGGUGAAGUGGAUGAGGGGCUGGAAGCCGAGGCCAAGGUUCUGACCCAGCUACAGUCAGUGUCUGUGGAAGAGCCCUUGGAACUGUGA